CGAGGGAGUUGAGCCCCUCGGUUCUUCUCGAGGAAAGCAAUUUCAGUUCCGAGACAGUUUUAGCGGUUUUUUAUUUAUUUUUUAUUUUUUACAAAACAAGAACUCCCAAAGAUAUGUGGGGGUGGCAGCUCAGUGGGGUCAGUGUUGUGAGUUUUAAUUAAGUUUGUAUUAAUACGUUGAAGGGUGCGUAUUUGUGGAAUCGGGUGAUGUUAUUUACCCUGUCCCAAAUCGUGGAUGGUUCGCUUUUAGGACAUCGCAGGAUUUUUUUUUUCUUUUUUACAAAAGUCUACUGGGUGUGCGGGACGAAAAGAUGGUUCCGUGCGUGUCGAUCCCCGGGAUUCACGUGGUAGAAGGCUAGAACCAAUUUCCGCAAGUAACCUUUGCACGGCAGCUGUUCUUAAAGGAUGCCAUCUUGUCACAAAGUCACUGAAGAGCCAGACCUUAGAUGUGGAAGUCGACGUGCUCUGCUCCGUCCUCUACAGCAACCAUAACCGACUGAGUCGCCACAAGCCGCAUUUAGCUCUCCGACAGGUAGAGCAGUGCUUAAAGCGUUUGAAAAACAUGCAUUUGGAGGGCUCAAUUGAAGACCUGUCACAGUUGUUGUCUGCCAAUGAAACUCAGUCUGGAGCCACCAGACACCGUGCCGUCCCCAGCCAGCCGGUGGUGGAGGUGGUGCUGAUGAAGGUUUUGGGAGGCUGCAAGUUGUUACUGCGCUUGUUGGACUGCUGCUGCAAGGCAUUCCGGUUGACUGUGAAGCACUUGGGACUGCAGGAAUUCAUUAUUCUGAACCUUGUGAUGAUCGGGCUGGUGAGCAGGUUAUGGGUUCUUCAUAAGGAGCUUCUAAGGAGGCUGAUUUCCUUAUAUGAGCCACUGCUCGGAUUACGUCAGGAGGUUUCCAGGAUUCAGCCCAUGCCUUACUUUAAAGAUUUUUCCUUUCCCUCCGAUGUUAACGACUUUCUAGGGCCACCUUACAUUGAACUCUUUAAGGAAAAAACGCCUGCAGCUUUUGCCACUAAAGGAGUAACUAAGUUGCUAAAUAAACUGUUUUUAGUGACAGAACAGCUACCAAAGAGCAAUGAAGACAUUCUAGAUAGAAUUUCCAAAACAUCUGAACAAAUGAAGAGCAGUCUGCAGAGUGGUGUGGACCUGGGACAGCCAGUGAGAAUGAGUAAAAAGACCAAAAACGUAAAACCAUCAGGAUUUGACGUGCGGGCUUUCUGCAUGAGGCUGCAAAACCAGGCUGCUCAGGAAACCAGCCCUGAGUUGAAGUGUUCUCAAUCCAAAUUUAAGACAAGCAAACUGUCCUCUCAGGAACCGAGAAGAGCUCCCUGGGCUAACAGUAUUGUGCAAAGAAUCUGUAUGACCAACACGUUCGCCCAGCUUUCUGAAGAAAUCCAAACCGCAGUCGUGUGGUGCCGGAGCAGAAAGCUCAAGGCUCAGGCUGCCUAUCUGGGCAGCAAGCUUCUGAAGAGCAACAGGCUGAGACACGUGGAAGCUCAAGGCUAUAGUUUGCCAAAGAAGCUACAGUGCAUGAAAACAUCUCUUUGUAAGUGCCUUCUUCGAGGCUCCAUUACCAGCACUUCAAAGUGUCCUCCUAGACAAAGAAGAUCAAAGCAUAAAGUUUUAUCGAGACAAAGGAAACCGCAGAGAAAGUUGCAGUCAAGUCUUUUAAAGGAAACUCAGAAUGUCCCUGCAGGGACUCUAAAGAGCACUAGGGACACCAGUGCCAAGUGGAGCCGGUCAGGUGGGACAGUUCAGAGGACAGAUGUCUGUCCUAACAAAAAGCAGGACUUGAGAAGACUUUCAAAGCCCGUUCUAAAAGCAAAGGAGACGGGGCUCCAUGGGAAUGUCACAGCAGGCAGUGGAAAUGAAACUGGUUUGUGGACAGAGAGACAAACACACACAUACAGUGUGCCAGAAACUGCUAAAGAGGCAGAUGACAUUGAUGAUAUUUUUGCUUUGAUGGGAGUUUAGAUGUGCAUAUAUGAAACUUGUGAGCAGUUAACAAGCUGGUUUGGUGUUCUGCUGUUUUAAGUGGAACACUGCUUGGGCCAGGAGCUGCCUCUGUGUAGCAUUCCACAGGAGUGCACGCCAGUCCAAUAAAGUGACAGCAGCUCUGUGUCAGCUAA